CGUCGUCAAAAGCCAUCUCAUUUCUUAUUUUUGAAGUGAAGUGACGAAAACCUCCGUCGAAAUGGCUGAGCCAGUUACAGAAAUCCCUAUAAACAUUCAAGAAAGUGUUAUAGAAGCUGUGAAAAAUGUCACGGACAAGCCACCGUCAAGUAUUGAGGGAAUCGCGAUUGCAUACUUGAGUCUCGUAAUUAUGGCUACUUUACCCAUAUUUUUCGGGUCUUUUAGAUCAGUCAAGUACCUGAAAGAACAGAAGGAACUUGGUGAGCAGCAUGAGACAAUGUCGAAUAAGGAUGCGCUGAUGUUCCCUCUGAUUGCUUCAGUUGCACUCUUCUCUCUCUACAUCUGCUUCCAGUUCUUCUCCAAGGAGUACAUUAACCUGCUUCUCACUGGAUACUUCUUCUUCCUCGGAGUACUUGCAUUGAGCCAUCUGCUUAGCCCGGUUAUCUCUCUGGUUGUGCCAGCGUCGAUCCCGAACAUAUCGUACCACAUUCACUUCACGCGUGGCGAGCGCGACGCUAGGACCGACAUCAUCAACUACAAGUUCUCAUCCUAUGACGUAAUAUGCCUCCUCAUCUCGCUGUGCCUGGGUGCCUGGUAUCUUCUCAAAAAGGUUAGUAUCUGACUGAUUCCAAACAUGUUUGACAACGCUGCUCUACAGGAUUCUAAAAUAGCAAUCCAAACAAAUAUUUACCACCCAAAGGCAGCAAACUUGUCCAUCCAAUGUAAUUGU